CUGGACAGCCCAAUAUAUGAGGGACUCUCCCCUCUUUGAAUUGUCUCGGUGGUCGACCCCGCCGAUUCAAGCAACCAGUAGUCAGAAGCAGUUUACUUGCUGAUUACUACCUGUCGGCGGCGACCGGCCAGCCCCACCGCCGUGCAGCACGUACGGCCCAGCGAGAUGGUCGUCGACCCAGUGAGCCUGGUGACCGCGAUCCUGACGGUCGUGCAUCUGAUCGGAAGCGCGGCGUUGACGGCGCGCCAGAACAAGGAUAAGUGCAUGGAGCUAGCCCGACGCGCGUGCAAUCUGAGCUACGGCCUGCCGGACUACGCAAGGGUGGCCGGAAACAACACGGCGACGGUGCACGGGCUGGAGAGGCUCAGAGAUGCCCUCGACGAAGCCUGCACGGUCAUCAAGUCCUGCCAAGAAAGCCGUAUCCUGCCGGGUGUUUUCAGCAGCAGGAAGGCCGACAACUUGGAUAACGUUGAUAGGAAGAUCACCAACUGCCUAUCAGACCUCAACUUCUUCAGCCUAGUUCCUAAUCAGGCCAUGAUCGCACAUAACAUAACAGCGGCUAGCUCAGUCCCAGGCCCAGCUCAAACCUAUGACUACGCCUCCUACUAUCAAGCACAAGGAGCUCCCUACAGUACUGCAUGUGUUGGCUUCCCCCCACCGCAGUACGCAACCAUGAAUAUGCAGUGGAUUCCAGCUCCUGCUCCCUACACUCCUGCUCCAGCGCCUUCUGGUUCUAAUUUAUCUACUUUUUACACACUUCCAACUGUCAACAAGAUCUUUGACCGUAUGUUCCGCUAGUGUUCGUGGCAUCUGGCGUCAUCUUCUCAAAACGAGAGCUUUGUAUCCAUUUUAUGCACUUGCUGGAGACUAUGAAUGGAAAAUCAUUUGCAGUAAUUAUUGUUAGACAAUACCGUUGUAGCUUCCAUCUAUGUGCUAGACAAAAACGUUGUACUUUCCUUUUUCUGUAUUAGCCGUUAUGGUACAGUAUAAACCACCGGUUAAUACUUUCCUUGUAAUGCCACUGAUGGGGCUUUUCCAUUUCUUAUAAACACGUAACCGAUCCCCUCAACAGGGGCUAUCGUUUCAACCAA